CCCAUCAUUCACCACAUGGCAGAAAGGCACCAAAGCACUAUACACUCCUUCAUUCCUCGACCUGGAGGUGAACCCAGAGCUGACAGACGGACAGACGAAAUCCUAUCAGAUGUGAAGUGUGGGCAAAGGUGGAAGGCCUGCAUGCAUGUAAACACCACGUGGAAUAAAAAACACUCAAGAAGGGAAGAAAACAAGGAGAUUUGUGCAUAGGCUGUGGUAAGACAGCGAAGAUGAUGGUGAUGAUUCUGGUGAUGGUGAUGUUUAUGAUGAUGAAGAUGGCAACCUCGGCGCCUGCUUCUGAGAUGGACACUAAACGGGAUCAGACCAGCCGCGCCAAGCAAACACCAUGCUGGGUCACCCUGAACAGUAUGGUCACUGAGAUUCCCUCUAAUGUCUCCAGCAACACACGAUGCAUGAAAGUAAAUCAGACACAGAUCAGAGUCAUUCCCCAGGGCGCAUUGAGCGGCCUGCAACACCUUGAGAAACUCACCGUGUCAGAGAACGAUGUGCUGGAGAGGAUUGGUGCGUUUGCCUUCACUGGUCUCCCUCGCCUCACCGUUGUCUACAUCUCUGGAAAUGUGGCGUUAGAGAGCAUUGGAGCUUUUGCUUUCUCUGAUCUCCCUGAACUCACUGACAUAACCAUAACAAAGUCAAAAUACUUGAGACAAAUUGAUCCGGAUGCUUUCAGGAACAUCAUAAAACUGCGGUAUCUGACCAUCUCCAACACUGGACUGAGAAUUUUUCCAAACUUCAACAAGAUUCAGUCCACGGCUGCCAGAUUUCUGCUGGACCUGCAAGAGAACAGCCACAUAGAGAGAGUCCCCGCCAAUGCCUUCAGAGGCCUCUGCACUCAAACUAUCAGCGAGAUACGGCUCACCAGAAAUGGAAUCCAGGAGGUGGCGAGUGACGCUUUCAACGGCACAAAGAUGCACAGAUUGUGUCUGAGAGGCAACCAGCAGCUUACUCACAUCAAUCCCAAUGCCUUUGUGGGUUCCAGUGAGUUGGUGGUACUGGAUGUUUCCCACACGGCCCUAAGCACCCUGCCGAACUCCAUACUCAGUGGACUGCAGAAGCUAUUUGCAAAGUCUGCCAUCAAUCUGACAGAGCUUCCUCUGCAUCUCUUUACCAAACUGUACCAGGCUAACCUGACGUACUCAUCACACUGCUGCGCCUUUGACAACAUACACAGAAACAGCAGAUCAAACUGGAGUUCUUGGUGCUCUCACCCAGAGGCCCUAGAUAAUAUUCACUUCUACAGAGACCAUUGCUCCAACUCCACCUCCAUCACCUGCACCCCAACCCAGGAUGCCUUUAACCCUUGUGAGGACAUCAUGACCGGCAUUCCCCUGCGGGUCCUCAUCUGGAUCAUCUCCAUCCUCGCGCUGCUGGGGAACGCAGCCGUACUUGUGGUCUUGUUAGGCAGCCGCUCCAAACUGACUGUCCCUCGUUUCCUAAUGUGCCACCUGGCCUUCUCUGACCUGUGCAUGGGCAUCUACCUAGUCGUCAUAGCAACUGUAGACAUGCUCACCCGUGGCCGGUACUACAACCACGCCAUAGACUGGCAGACGGGCCUGGGCUGCAGAGCCGCAGGCUUUUUCACGGUGUUUGCCAGUGAACUGUCAGUGUUCACGUUAACAGCCAUCACUCUGGAGCGCUGGCACACCAUCACACACGCUCUGCGGCUCGACCGUAAGCUUCGUCUGAGGCAUGCAUGCAUGGUCAUGACAGCGGGCUGGAUCUUCUCCUCGAUUGCUGGAUUGCUGCCCGCAGUCGGGGUCAGCAGCUACAGCAAGGUGAGUAUCUGCCUGCCCAUGGACGUGGGAACGGUUGUCGCUCAGGUGUACGUAGUGUCCCUGCUCCUCCUCAACAUCCUGGCAUUCUUCUGCGUGUGCAUCUGUUACCUCAGCAUCUACCUGACCGUCAGGAACCCCUCGUCGGCCCCGGCCCACGCUGACACACGAGUCGCUCAACGCAUGGCCAUCCUCAUCUUCACUGACUUUGUCUGCAUGGCUCCCAUCUCCUUCUUCGCCCUCUCAGCCGCUCUCAAGCUCCCUCUCAUCACCGUCUCCGAUGCCAAACUCCUGCUGGUGCUUUUCUACCCCAUCAACUCCUGCUCCAACCCCUUCCUCUACGCCUUCUUCACCCGCACAUUCAGGCGAGAUUUCUUCCUCCUUGCUGCCCGUUUCGGCUUGUUUAAGACGCGGGCACAGAUUUACCGGACUGAGAGUUCGUCCUGUCAGCAGCCGGCGUGGACAUCUCCAAAGAGCAGUCAUGUGAUGCUGUGCGCCUUGGCCCAUACUUUGAGUCUAGAUGGUAAACAAGAGUAUUGACUUGUUAUGAAGAAACACUGUUACAGACUCACAGGGACAAAAGAGACAGUCUCUCAAAAGUUGGACCGAGUUAUGAACCGAAUCUUGGAAUUGCAAGAAAUCAAACUCGACUCAGAAGGCACACCUGUUUGACAUCUUCAAGAUGUUGAGAUACCAAACUCACUGCUUAUCAGAAAUCUAAAGUACACCACUUUUUCCCCUGAGAAGUACAGAUAGUUGUAUACCAAAGACAAGUAGAAGUACAAGUGCUACGCUCAUUUACUACAGUAAAAGUGAAAAUGUUCUGCGUAAAGUCAACUGAACCUCAAGUCAUAUUUCACUUCUUUAAGCCUCAAAUCAAAAGAACAGUUAAGAGAAAACAAUGAACAUUAACUGCUUCAUCUUAGAGCUCUUGUAAUGUGUAAGUAGCAUUUUUUAACCAAAACUCUCAUCCUGCUUUCUUUUAGCAGUCCAAGGUAUCGCUCAUUGAGAAUCCUUGCAAAGGAAAAUAUAAAAAGGUCUCCUCUGCAGCGUGCUAAUCACUUCACCUAGCACAUAGCACAGUGGUCUCUGGCAUUAAUAACUAUGUAAGGGAUAUUGUAUAGUUAGCAGGUAGUUAUGGGAAAUAGAAUCCUGACAGGGUGAGACAAAACUGUGACGCGAAGCCCUUGCUAAUAUUGCUGGAAAGGGUCCAAUAUAAAAAUGUCCGUAGCCUGCUGAUCGAGCAUGCUAAGCGAAAUUAACGAUUUAGCCACAUUGUUUUGAUGCUAACGAAAACAAAUGGUUUUACCUCACCUUACGGGUCUAUGGUGUCAACAAGCAGAUGCAAAAUGUGCCAGAACUCUUUUUCCUGGAUUGAUUUGACAGGACAUGUAAUCAGUUUGCCUCUGGUGUUGCUCAUAUUAGUGAAAGUAAAUAACUGUUGUCAAGGGGUUUUGACCAAUCAGAAUCAAGCAUCUUACACAACCGGAAGAUCAGUAAGAAGGCCGGGUAAUAAAUAGAGAUGAUCUAUCUGUUAGUUGGAAGUCUUGUUUGCUUCAGUGGGUCAUAUAGAAGAGUGGUUCCCAAAUUGGGGAUCACAAGACAGUGAUAGAGGGGUCAUGAGAUGCCUUCCAAAAAGAUUAAAAAUUAAAAUGAUUUGAAAUUGCACAUUAUGUCUAUCAUUGUACAAAGAUUUACAAAAGUAGUCAAAUUAGCUGCUUCGUUUUAUUAUUACUUGUUGAAUAGUCACAAAGAAAAUGUCUAGCCUUAGCUGUGUUGUUCUACUGUCUCUGUAUUGGCCUAUAACUGUGUGUGGGGCAGUGAUGGUUCUCUAACCCCACAUAUAGAACCAUCAGUACUUGUUUCAGUCUGUUUUGUAACCUCCUCACAGGAGCUUUAAAAUCCAACCCAAAGCUCUGAAUCUGCUUGUCCUCAACAAUGUUUUCCGCUUCAACUUUCAUCCAUGUUGUUUUUAUUUUCUCAUUUAUUGUCGUUUUUGGGCUGCAACAGGUCAUAAGUGAUCUGCAUCCAUGGAUAUGCAAUGAAAUCUCUUUAUAUGUAAUGGUCACAUGCAUUUAGGUAAAACACUUGUGCUGAUAUUUGAAGGGGAUGCAAAAUGGUACACCAUAACAAUAAUCUAAACUUUCCUUUAGAUAAAAAAAAAUUAACUAUAAGCCUGUUUUGACAAUUUCAAAGCUAGAAAUGACAGAUAUUUUUUUAAUAACAAAGGGAAUUGAGAGUAACGAGCUUAGAGAAAAAUUCAUAUUUAAGUGUAGUGUGAAGAACCAAGUUAGCUUCAAAUACUUUGACCAAAUUCAGGUCAAAUUUCUCUCCUAUAUCAUUCCUCGUCUUUGUUUUAACUCAGUUGAAACACCAGAUGGGUGGAGUUUACCGCAUUAGAACAAUUCAGAUGAGGAAAAUAGAGGACGAAGUGAAUUGAUUUUACUUUCAGGUGCCGUCUCCUGCUACAAACCCCUCCAUCUGCUGUCCCAUGACGAUCUGAUGCUCUCUGAAAGGGUUUCAUAAAAGUGGGCCACUGGGGAUAUCGCACAUAUUCACAUCAAGAAAUCAGCAUCCAUUUAACAUUCAACAUCAUGAUUGAAUCAUAUUCAUUAAGAAGCACACCACGGGGACCCUCAUUAAUAAUCUCCUCAUACAGUCUGUCUGCUGGAGCUUUAAAAAACAUCCACAUGUCUCCUCACCUUCAGUUUAUCACUUUUUUAAUGAAUUCUGAGUUAUUACCCUUGAUUUGAUUGUUUCACGUUGUAAAUAAGUAUUCUGAACCACUUUUUUUUACUUGUGUGUGUUUUGCAAAGGGUAUAUCUGGUGUGUUUCAUCUUAUUCAUACAUUUUUUUUAUUAUAUCCUCUCUCCUGUACAUUGUUUCUGUGGUGAGAAAGAGGAGGAGGAAUUUAAAGGAAUAAACCUUUAAAACCUUUAAAGUCUUUAUCGAAAAAUGUUGCCGUCCUUCACAGCAUCCAAAGCUUUCAAGGACUAAGUGACCCCACCAACCUCUGCUCUGUGUGCCAGGAUGGGUGGAGUGUGUGUAGGGGGGGGAGACUACACAGCUGCUCCUUCUGCUUAUUACAGGAGGAUGGAUACGGCACAAGAUAAGGCUCACACACACACCCACACCCACACGCACAAACAUACACACUGAGAAACGAGACACCCAGGGUUUCAAGGCUGCAGCUGCAAAGAGGAAUCUGACUGAGUCCAGCUUAUUGAUAUGGAUACACUGCCUCCUACAUGCCAACACUGAGCCUGUGCAUGCAUUCUAAUAUUUAACCAGCAGGGGGUGCUACUGGUGCAGGAUUUAUUGUGGUUUAUUCUUAUCAUGCCUUCUUAAUUGUUCUACAGGCUCAAUAAGUUAACAUACAAUCACCAGAUACUACUAAUGAAAACACUUUAAAACUGUCUGCACCUUUCAUGGAUGACAGACAGCUCAAAUUAUUUUCAGGGAAAUAGGCAGUGAAGUUGACAGAAACAGGUAUAGAAUAUCAUAUUCAUGAAAACACAGUUGAUUACAAUCAUACAAAUGACCCCAAAAAAACUGUAUAAUCCAUGAUAAACAAGGUGAAAUAUAAACCCAUAGUAGUACUAAUAAUAUAAUGUUAAAAAUGUCAAAACAUAGAAUGCAGAAAGUGUGUUAAUAAUGCAGAAUUUGUUGCUAAAAAAACCUCAAAUUUGCAGCAGUUCAGCAUGAGGUCAAGUUUAUUUUGAUAAAAUUACAUAAAAUCAAUAAAAACUGAAUGUUUCUGUCUUUGUCAGCACUGGCAUUUUGUGUUAAAUCAAAGUAUCACUUUCACUCAUUCCAAAACUGAGAGAAAGGUUGCGUGUAGUGCAGCAUAUCACUGUUUAUAAUAAUAAUAAUGUUAUUUAAAAAGGUCUGACUUGAUGUUUACACUGAUACAGUCAGAUGUUGCUUUGCGGGUUGAGUAGGAAACAGCCUCUGAAAACUCUUCACUGCUCACAUGCAGCACUGACAGUCUUUAAAGUCUGCAGACAGAGCACUGUGGAGGAAUGAGACAGGGAGAUAAAAAGCGAUUCAUUUAGAGUUUUUCACAAGUUAUGCUGUUCUUUUUUCCCCUACUUGGUUCAGUUUAAACUACCGUAGUGAUAACAGUUACGCAGGACAUCUAACUUCUUCUUUGUAUUUGUCUCUAUAAUAUAGUUAUAUAGUUAUAAAGUGUGUCUGCUUACUUUUUAUUGAUUUAUUCAUACAGAGAAAAAGAAUCAGUGAAUUACAUCCCUCUGUAUUGUCAUGUAAUUGUUCUCAAACUUCUGUAAGCAGCACUACAACUGAUCAAUCUGUGAUUUUGUUGGACAUUGAAAUGUGUGGGAAGAAUGGGUACAUGCAGAUGUUCUUCAGACACGAUGUGACAAAGGAAAAAUUAGAUAAAUGUUUAAAUCUAAAUAAAACCUUUCAACAAUG